GUCUCUGACAUCGGAGUUACUACGACCUUUCUCUCUCCAUUAAACAAAGAGCCAUACCUAACCUGAAAUUGUUAAUCCGACGGAGCACAGGAGAAUCUAAGAAGCAUUCUCCGGGGGCACGCAGAAGGGACUCGCGCUAGCUUUACUCAAUUAAACGGCGUGUAAAUUGAGUGUGGAGGACAUGGCAGAGUCGUCAUCUUCGUACAAGGAGGAGCUGAUUCGCCUAAUCAAGCGCCUUGGGACGUAUCUCGCCCUCAAGAUGUCCAAUCUCUUUCCGAUCUCUCUCAAUAAACUGGAUCCACGAUCUGUAGGGGCUGUAGCAGGGCUUGCUGUUGCAAUAGUAUUUACCUAUAGGCUAAUGCAAUCACCUGGGGAACCUCAAAGAAGGCAACUGAAACGACAAGCUCCAACAACUAGUAGUUCUGGAGUCAGUACCCAAUCAAAUAUGACCUUGAUGCCUUCUGCAUUUUGUUCAUCUUUGGAGGAUUUAAGAGCACAAAAUGUUGUUGAUGAGUUCUUACAGCCUGUAAAGCCAACUUUGAGGCAAAUAGUUAGGCAGAAAUUGAGUGAAGGAAGAAAGAUAACAUGCCGUUUGCUUGGAGUGGUCCUUGAGGAAAGCAGUCCAGAGGAGCUGCAGAAACAAGCAACUGUCAGGUCUUCUGCAUUGGAAGUGCUGUUGGAAAUUACCAAAUUUUGUGAUCUUUAUCUCAUGGAAAGAGUUUUUAAAGAUGAAAGUGAGAAAAACAUUCUUCUUGCCUUGGAAAAUGCAGGGAUAUUCACAGCUGGUGGUUUGGUCAAAGACAAGGUUCUCUUUUGUAGCACGGAGAAUGGGCGGACAUCUUUUGUUCGUCAACUAGAACCAGACUGGCAUAUUGACACAAAUCCUGAAAUUGUUUCCCAGUUAGCAAGGUUCAUCAAAUUUCAGCUUCACAUUUCUCCUGUCAGACCUGAACGGAGUGCUGCAAAUGUGUUCAGCUCUCCAUCCUUGGAGCACUUUUUUGGAUGCAGUUGAUGGCAACCGGCAAAAUUUUCAGACACGUUUCAAACUUUUCUUUUCUUCCCUUUGGGUCUCUUCGUGAAACCCCUUACAGCCCAAUUUUUUUCUUUUUCUUUUGUCAAUUUCAUGUUUUUGUUAGAUUGUAGGUUAAGGGAGAAGAUUUAUUUGUUUGAAAUUUGUGAAAUAGGUCCAUAACUGUAUUUCGCGAACUCGCGAAAUCCAUGUAGCAAUCGAUGUUUGUAACUUAUGUUAGUAUGCAACCUUAAAAAUAAUUUUGCUGCUCCACUGAAGUCUGCUCCAGACACGUUAAUUUCACUUGGGAUUCUAACCGGUUAUUGUUUAUUUAGUUAUUUCACUAAAUUCUUUACUUUAGU